CUUCUUGACCUUUGUCGACACUUCUUAUGUGCAUUCGCUGGUCUGAUCACUUCUUCUGAUUUGACCUUUAUUGCGAAAAAAGGACAGGGACACAAAACAGAAAAAGACGGAGUAGAAGAGAGGAGCUGUGUACUCCCCUCCCUAUUCAUACUUUUGCUGUCAUUCUUGGGAUUGAUUCACUUCAAUUUCCCUCAAAUCCCCGCACCUUUCUUACCUCUAUCCUUUUCGACCACCAUCACGCCUGUAACCAAGUGAUCGAAUCAAAAGAUUGUUUCUGUUACUCUUUUUGCAGGCGUUUACAAUACGAACAAUCACACUCUCAAACCUUCCUUCUUUUUCUUCCCUUGAUACUUGACCAUCAUGCGUGCUUCAAUGAUCGCACGCAAGGCUGCACCCGUGUCCUCAUGGACAUUGGCAAACGGUGCACGUAUUCCAAAGAUCGGUUUUGGUACUUGGAAGUUGAACAAAGAACAAGCACAUGCAUCUGUAACCCAUGCUCUUAAGACUGGUUAUCGUCAUAUCGAUUCUGCAUGGGCAUACAAGAACGAAGAUGCAACCGGAGAUGCAAUUCGCAAAUCUGGAAUCGAUCGUAAAGAUUUGUGGAUCACAAGUAAACUUUGGAACACUUUCCAUGGCGAUAAAGUUGAAGCAGGUCUAGAUGCAACUUUGCAAGAUUUAGGCGUUGAUUAUUUGGACUUAUACUUGAUGCAUUGGCCUGUUGCCUUUUCCAAUCCGAACACAUCACAAAUUUCAUCUCUACGUUCCGUUUCGGGUUAUCCAGUCGAAGAAACAAAGUUAUCACAAGAUAUAGCUGCAACAUGGAGACAAAUGGAAGAAAUGGUGAAAAAGGGCAAAGUUCGCAGUAUCGGUGUUUCGAAUUUCAACAUUCGUCGUACAGAAGAAUUGUUAAAGGCCACAACCGAUACUAAUCCAGUUAUCAAUCAGGUAGAAGUUAACUUUGGAGUUCCAAACACUGAAUUAUUGCAUUAUAGCGAAGCCCAUCAAAUCAUGUUGCAAUCAUACUCCACUUUGGGCUCCCACAUCAACCAGAAGAAGUAUCUGGAAGAUCCUAUCGUGAACGAUGUGGCAGGACGUAACAACAUGACCCCAGCACAAGCUUUGAUUGCAUGGCCUUUGGCUCGUGGUAUCGUACCUUUGACACGCAGUACUAACCCUGCUCAUAUUGAAGAAACAUUUGCUGCUGCCGAUAAGGAAUUAGCAUGGGAAGACGUGGUUCACCUUACCGAAGAAUCACAAGCAAGACCUAUCGAGAGAUCCGUCAACCCAAGCGAAUCAUGGAAUACCGAAGAAGAUAUCUUUGAAGAUUACAAAGAUCAAUUAAUGCUUAACUCUCUUAAGACAAACACUUUCGAGGCUUCCCGACCACAUGAAGCUGACGGAUCUCAUUACUUUGAACCCCGUAAUGAUCCAGAAGCACCUGAGCUCGGUCCAGGUGGAACUGCUGUGCGCAAGAUGCACACUGCUACUUCGCCAUUUGCACGUUCUUCUAGACCAACAGUCUCUCAGCAAUUGAUGCGUGGAAUGCGCUCAGGCCGUGCUCCUUUCUCCACUUCAGCAACAAGUCAAGCAACAACCACCACAUCGAGUGCGGUAGAAUCUGCACCACCCGCAGCUGAAGAAAUUCCAAUCGUUGGUCAAAGUGUUUUGCUACGCAAUAAUGCAAAAUCAGCUUCUCAAACGCCUGGUAUUAAAUGGACCGAUGGCGAGGAGGGAAUUGAAAGACAGGCUCGCAAGAUGAAUAUGUAUACGGUAUGUAAUCAACGAUCGCUGUCACAGCAGCAUCGUGCAUUCUCUUCUUCGUCUGUUGCCCGUGCUACUCCAGUCUCAGCAGAAUCUUCCGGAGCUAUUGCUUCAUCUUCUCGUCAACGUGUCUAUCCUGAACGCAAAGCAUUCUUGUUUGGACAAUACAAACGUUUGCUGAAUGACAGCAAAGUUUCAAUCUUGUUUCAACACAACAAUGUUGGCGUUCAUGAAAUGACACGAAUUCGUAAUGACAUCGCCGCUGUGCCCGUUGAUGGUGCAGACGAGAAAAAGGCUCGAUUGACCAUCGUCCGAAGCGGUUUGAUGCGCAAAUUGGCAAAGGUGUCUAGUCAUCCUUCUUUGCGAAAGAACGAGCAUUUGUUCAUUGGGCCGAUUGCUAUGUUGACGUUUGAUACUGUUUCGCCAGCGUACAUCAGCCGUAUUCUUUCGGUGGCCGAUCGUGCCUUGAAAGCUGGACGAGUGGCACCCAAGCCUGCAUUGGGACAACCACACGUGAAAGUUGUUUCCAAUGUGAACACCCGUUUCACACCUUUGGCUGCCAUUGUUGAACAAAGCGAAGGUGUGAAAAAGGUGGUUGACAUUCCAAGCUUGCGCGAUGUAUCUGCAUUGCCAACAUUGGAUGUCUUGCGCAGUCAAAUCGUUGGCUUGCUCAGCGCCACACCUGCUCGUUUGCUCGCUACAUUGAAUCAAGCAAGAGGAGGUCAAGUCGCUUUGACUUUGGAUGCACAUCGUCGUGCUUUAGACUCCUCUUCUUCAUCGGCAGAGCAAAGCGGAUAGAAGGAGAUUCGAAUCCUUUUUCUCAUACAAUUUCUUCAGCACAUCAUUCCAUUUAAUAUACAUUAUGUCUCUAUUCUCUAUUUCCUUCUGCAAACGAAUCGAGCGUGUGCAAACCCUCUCUCAUGAUCAUGCCGCGACUCCAUGUAUCCUGACUAUAUGAAAUCAAUUAUACUGAUACAAACCAUCUCUUUCUUUUUUGCGUUUCCCUUUACAGGCAAUUCGUGAUGCUCAAUCCCAUGCGUUGGCCUCUGAUGAAUCCACCUUGGUAUUCGGAGAAGAUGUUUCGUUUGGUGGUGUGUUCCGUAGUACGAUGGGCUUAGUAGAAGAGUAUGGC